AUGCAAACGUCUUCAUACACUCUGCACACCGUCCUUGAGCACUACAACAACCUCCGCUGGCAUUUCCAGGAUUUCACAUACUGCAAGACAAACAGGCCAUUCAAAUUCAACCAACAGCUACUCGAGUUUCCUGACACGGCAACCUCAGCGUUCAAUUUGAUCUCACGGAUUGUUAUUGAGCCAACUGUAGGCCGCUACAUUCAAGAGGCGGACUUUGGGGGCGACAGCUGGCUAAAUACCCGAUUCGCUUCUGCCACCCGAGAGAUAACAACAUAUAAAAAUCGCGAUGAAGCUGUGCGUCGACUUCUCGCGGAUUCGCCAUACCUCCUUGACUGGAAGGAAUAUUAUAGUGCUAUUGAAGAAGAUCUCAACGCCGCUCGCUAUUCACAACAUGCCGCUGCUUUUGUUCUAACACUUCUACCAAAUCUCAAAAAGUUCAAUCUAUCUAGCGCGUGA